AUGAUUUGUCCCAAGGCACUCGCAGUGCGCUCAAGACCAGUCACGGCGGGAUGCAUGCGCAUGCUGACGAGCACCGCGCGCCCAACCAUAUGCCUGGCGCAGCUUGUCCCGAGGGCACUACCGACAGCUACGGGCCCAAGGCUAUCCUCCAACCAGAUACGAUGCUAUGGCAGCAGAAAAAAAUCAGCAAAAUUGUUUCCGGAACCAACGUCGGCUGAUGAGGAGCGGGUACCAAAUCGCCGCAAUGCUCGAGACGAGGUCGAAGAAGAGAAAGAAGAAGAAGAUGAUGAUGAGGGACCUUGGAACUUUAAAAAGAUGGGAAGGUUCCCAAGAGACGAGGAACUUCUCGACAUUUGCGAGAAGAUAGUAUUCCGCGAAGCCACCGGGCUAUCGGAGCCGCAAUCGGUGGUGGAAGUGCUCAAGAAUGCCGACCUCAAGACUGAUCAACUAGACUGCAUUGCCCUCCCUGGGCCCACGAACAGGGGCCUUCUAUACCCGGUCUGCCGAUUUUUGAACAGGGAGCAGUUGAGGCGAGAGCAGAAGGAGAAGGAAAAGGCGGCACGGCGCACCAAGGUCAUGACCAAGGAGAUGGAGAUCAACUGGGCCAUCACCAAGCACGACCUGGGCCACAAGAUGAAGCAGCUGCUCAAGUUCCUACAGAAGGGAUGCCAGUGCGAGAUCACUUUUCAAAACAAGCUCAGGGGGAAGAAGAAGGCGACUAUGGAAGAGAUGCAGGAGACGGUCAGGCUAGUGAAAGAGGCGAUUAUGGAGAUACCCGGGGCAAACGAGUACAAAUCCGCCGAUGGCGGCAUAGGGUCACCUGUCUACAAGAUUUUCUGGCAGGCAACGCCGAACAAAGCAGCCGAGAAAGAGCCUUCUGAGACUGCGACAUGA